AUGGGAAACUCUGAGAGCCAGUACAGCAUUCAGGGGCCCAAGGGAACCAGCUUAAUCUUCCCCGGGAAACAAAAGCCCUACUCACUAAAGUUCUGCUCAACCAAAGAGGAGGCUCUGUCCCCCAAUACGUGGUGGAAAGGUGGGCCGGGGGGCUCGGGGUACAAGGCCAGGGCUGUUGGUCGACGCUGCCUCUCCCCCCCACAGAGGAGAGGAGAGCCAUAUGUCUCCAGACACUAUGAUUACGUCACCAAGGGGGUGAAGGGCAGUCCAAACUGCCAUCGCUGGCAUGGCUCCCCACCAAGAGGCUGCUCACACCUCCCAGCUGAGAAUAGAUGCUGCCAAUAUGAGGGCAGUGGAAGCCUGUACAGUAGAGCAUCAGGGGAUCUGAACGACCAUGCUCUGAACGGACACAGGACCCCAGAGAGGAUGCGAGGAGAGGGGGAAGAGGGGCUUGAGGAGCAGAGCAGUCCCAGGGUGGUCAUCAAGAAGGAUGGUAGUCUGAGGGUGGAGUUCACCAACACUAACAGUGGUCUGCUGCUAGAUGAGGCAUCUGGGCCAGUGCAGCUGCUCAAGUUCUCCCCCACCCUGGAGUCCACACCCAGUCUACCUGGCAGCAGCAGGCCUGAGGCCCACCACGGUGCUCCGCAGCCAGCCUCAACCUCCACCGCCAGGACCAGCAAGGGCAGCUCGCUGAGCUCAGAGGGCUCCUGGUACGACUCGCCCUGGGGGCCCAGCGCGGAGCUCUGCGACCAAGACCAGUCCUGUUCCUCCAGUAGGUCUAUGGGAAACCGUAGGGCUGACCAGUUGGAGGCCUUUGGCCAGCAGUCUCCCCCUCUGUCCAUCUCAGAUCUCUACAGGGACCCCAGUAUGGCUGCCACCUUCCCCACAGCUAAGGACCUGUCGGCCCAGUACAGGGAAUCCCCUCUUCACUCCCAUCACAUCCAGCACCGGGCCUCCUUUGUUUCAUCCCUGGGCGUGCCUGCUGAGGAGGAGUGUCCAGAGGCCAGGCAGUACUCAUCCUACACCCUGCCCUGCCGUAAGGCCCGGCCCAGUGGAGAGGUCUCCACCCUGAAAAAGGGCUCUGGCUCCGUCAGGAGCCGCAUGAGACGCCUCAGUGACUGGACUGGAAGUCUCAGCAGGAAGAAAAGGAAGACACAGGUGAGUGGGGCUGUCGUCUGGGGUUGUCUGUGUAGGUCAGGGUCCCAGUGCUCAAACAAUCUAUGAAUUUCUUCAUAUUUUUUAACAGAAACAUUUGUCACAAAAUGUCACAAAGAAUAAACCGAGCCAGUGGCAAGGCAACACAUUUUCUCAGGUUCUAAACUGAUGUUGUACUUCACAGGGUGUAUACAGAUCUAUGAACUAUCUUCAUCGCUUGGUAUGUACAGUGUGUUUGCAGUUAGGUCUGUAGUCAUAGCCUAUUGCUAGUCUCCAUGUAGUCAACCUGUAGUCUGUAAUAAAGGUACUGCCUUAGCUGCAUCAAGUGUGUCCUUUGGAAUUUCCCUGUUUUGAGAUGUGAUUGUCUGCAGCUCCAUGGCUCCACAGGAGAAUAUGAUGACUCUGGAGUCUCCCAGUGCUUGGCACAGACUAGUGUUCCAACCCUGUUAGUGUCCUGUUAGUGAGGGAGGGGUGGGGUGGCAGAGGAAGCAACUCUCUGACAGUUACUUGGCUGGGGACUGUUACUGGUUACCUGGGCCAUGUGCCUCAGCGGUCGGUGUCGUCUCGCCAGGAACGCAACAGUGUCCCCGAUCCCGAGUACCACAAUACCAGCUGUCUGAGUACAGGGAACCACAGGGUACCGCGGAAUGAAAUUUGGGAAGCGGAUGGUGCAUUGUGUAGGGACUAGAGAUGCAGUCGUCUACCGGAGAAUAAGACAUGAAACAGUGAGAAGGAGAGUAAGGAUGAAAAGCCAAGGGGUCUGCAGAUUCCAUGACUACUUCUGGGUGGGUACAAGAGGUCAUGUCAGUUUAGUGUUUUUAGCAACAUCAUGCCAAUGAAAGGAAUAUGUAGACUGCCCUGUGUAGGAGGCAUAGCUCUCCAUUGUAUAUAAUUUGCUGUUGAGUGCAUUGUUAUGAUCAGACGAUAUCCUCCAGUUUGGGUCUAGAUGAUUGAAACAGUGUUUUUUUCUCUAGUGUACUGGUACUAUUUGAUUUGAGACAAGCUUGUCUGUGCAUUUCAUUGAAAUGAUAUUGUGUGAGUGGUUGAAAAUAGAUGUUAUCUACCAGUUGACAGCAGGUCUGGAUGACGUACACAGGUCAGUGUUGCAGUAUGGGUCAGACAGCUGAGAACCGGACCUAUAAAAUUACACCAGACUGUUUGAGAAAUCAUUGGAUAAAGUGUGUUUGUGUAAAUGUGUGUUAUGGGUAUGUAAUAGCUUAUUAAGAGCAUUUAAGCCCCAUACAUGUAAUCACCAUAGUCAUAUUUUCUGCAACAAAGGCUAAGUAGUUAAUUGCUCAGAAUUUGUGUUGUUAGAUAUUCCCAAAUUAGCUUACAAACUGCUUGAAACGUGGCCCUCUGUGACUGUGGCUUUAAAUCAUACAUUAUGCACUAAUUAUCUUUUAAACUUUUAAAAUGCUUUUCAAACCAUUCCAAGAUAAUUGCUGUAAGCCUAUGAAAUCUCUGUUAGUGAAACUAAGUCCCAGCUGAAGAUUUCGAAACUCCACCCCACUCUUAAUGAUGUGGUUGUCAUGGUGAUUAUGAUUUGGUGACGCUGCUCUGGGUUUCUACUCGACCCCCUGUCCUCCUCUCCAGAGAGCCAAUCCACUAGUAUGUACUGUAUGGAUAGGUGCUAGUUCAUUAGGGCAUUAGGGUCUAACUAAAAUAUCUGGGUGUUACCGGCGUUGGCACAAGAGGGUUAAUCUCUCUUGGGGACAGAGCUUUCACUCUAAAUGACUUCAUUCCUAUCUUAAGCCCUGGUCAUCUCUUGCUAUGUGUUGGGUUUGGGAAGAGACCUAGGAUACAGCUUCCAUGCAGUAUUGAACUAAUUUACCUUUCAAUGAGAAGGACGGGGGCUUGUGAGGGACUGUGAUUUGAAGUUGUUCAGAUUCCCAGCACAGCUUCAAAGGUCCAUGAGAAACUCCCCAACAAGCUCUGGUCAAUCAGAGUAGCAAUCAAAUCCCUGUUCUCCUUUCAACUCUAGCACACAUAACAUGUAUGUAUCUGUAGGCAUUGGGCAACCCCAGGCUUCAGAACAGAAUGCAAAUGAGCAGAGUGAUAUUUGUUUUGAUAAAUGGUCUCUUUCAGUGUUCCGACUCAAACUUCUUCAUGGGCAAAUGUUGGAGCGUGAUGUUUCCAACUGAGCUCUGUAUAGUUUAAUUGGAGACAUUCAGAGUUGGGUCUCUCUGCACUCUGGUGACUCUGUGGUGCCCAGGACAGAGCUGGUUCAGGGGCCACACUGUCUGGGGCUCUCCGCUGGGGCUAGUUCCACCAUAGCCACCUAAUCACCGCCAGCUUCCAAUUUGCUCAAUGAACCAUAUAUUACCAUAUAUCACAGUGUCUGGCCAUGCAGCCUCUUUUCAACGAUUCGACCCAAAUCAGGACUAAUUCCAGCUCUCGUUGCCCUCCACCUGGGCUUCAGAGCUCUCGCUGCGCUGCACCCUCCAAGCCAUCCACUCAGGCCCAGCCCAGGUUCUAAUGAGAAACAGCUGGGGGAGAAGGCGGGAGACUGAUGGAGAGGGGGAUUGGGAAAGAAAGCAGAGACUAGGGGAGACUAAGGGGAAAAAAGGGGAGACUGAGAGACUGGGGGAGGCUUGGGAAGACUGACAGACAGGGAAGGAAGGGAGAGGUUGACAGACAGUGAGAGGAGGGGGUAGACUCAGCGAGAGACUGAGGAAGGGUUGCUUUGGAAGGGCAUUGGAACACUCUUUGUGUUUGAAGUGCACCCAACCCAGUUGCCAGGGGAGAAUCAAUGCUGCAAUCUAGUGGAGUGCAGGUAGGCUUUCAUUACCCCUGAAAGAGUGUAAUCGCAUGAAGUAGUGUUCUACUGAGAUCAGGAAGCUAGGGUGCCCUCGCAGACUCAAUUAAGUUGUCUCAAGAACUUCAGUCACCUAGGUGCCAGCCUCAGGAAUUUGUUUCUCUCAGUCUGGAAAGUUCUGGCAUCGAGACAGUACAUGCUCUAUGCCAAAAGGAUUCCUCACUCUCACUUCAUCCUACCCUACUCCCUACCCUCACCCCACAGUCUCCCCCCACCCUCUCUCCCUACCCUCACCCCACAGUCUCCCCCCCACCCUCUCUCCCUACCCUCACCCCACAGUCUCCCCCCCACCCUCUAUCCUUACCCUCACCCCACAGUCUCCCCCCCACCCUCUCUCCCUACCCUCACCCCACAGUCUCCCCCCACCCUCUCUCCUUACCCUCACCCCACAGUCUCCCCCCCACCCUCUCUCCCUACCCUCACCCCACAGUCUCCCCCCCACCCUUUAUCCUUACCCUCACCCCACAGUCUCCCCCCCACCCUCUCUCCCUACCCUCACCCCACAGUCUCCCCCCCACCCUCUCUCCCUACCCUCACCCCACAGUCUCCCCCCCCACCCUCUCUCCCUACCCUCACCCCACAGUCUUCCCCCCACCCUCUCACUCUCACUUCAUCCCUCUCCUCACCUUAUUCGCCUCUCUGUGCCCUUCCAGGAGCCCAGAUAUAAGGACGGCAGCGAGGCCUUUGACAGUGGAUUGGAUGGCCUGACAGCUGACACCAGCUCUCCCUCCCAGGUAUUCAGCCUGUGGUACCCUGGCGUACCUGGCAAUGUUGGGGCCUCCCGGGCCCAGUCUGCAGGGGCCCUCCACCACAGCAGCGACGCCCUCCACCAGAACAUCUAUGAGAACUUCAUGCAGGAGCUGGAGACAGGGACUGGGCAGGGCAGUAGUGGAGGAGCAGGGGGAGGUGGUGAGAGGAGAGACCCGUCUACGGGGACAGAAGGGGGGGAGAGCAGCAGUGAGUCUGCGGGCGACUCUCUGGAGCAGCUGGACAUGCUGUUUGAAAAGGAGCAGGGGGUGGUACGCAGGGCCGGCUGGCUCUCCUUCAAACCCCUCCUCACCCUGCACAAGGACAGGAAGCUGGAGCUGGUCACACGCAGGAAGUGGAAACAGUACUGGGUCACCCUGAAAGGUGAGUAGGGGUGGGUGGCCAGAGAGAAAGAGGGUUUGCGACAUUGCCAUCAAAGGUCCAGUUGAUAUAAAUAUUGAAUUGGACCUUCAAUACCUCACUGAAAUCGAGUUGAGCUUGAUGCUCAAUAGGUUUGGUACAUUGAAAGGUGUGGUAAAGGUGUGAGGGGGGUUAGAGGGCAACCAAAGGUCAAAGUGUAACUUGAACUUUAGCAUUGGAGGCAUUACAUCCUCAGGUUCAGUAGAUAUAACCACUAAAUUGUUCAUGGAAUACAUAAACUGAAAUUUAAUUUACGCUGGGAGACAGAGGGGAAAGUUAGUUUCAAACUUUAAAUCACAUUUAAAGUUUAAGUAAAACCAGACAUAUCACUUAAGCAGCUCUUCACAUGGUUUUUCUGGAAGACUACAGUGUGUCCUUGGCAGAGUCCAUCUCCUUUACUUAGCCUGUGCAUUACAUUUACCGUACACUGAUCCUUCGCUAUCCUAAAAGCUCACAAGGAAUUUUACCAGUGCAUUUACCGGCUAAAUAGAUCAACCUCAGGCCAGGAGCAUGAGAGAGUGUGGGUGGAUCCUUCAGCCUUUCUUCCACUUACUGUAAAUUACUGAAGAACAGCAGAGACAAAUAAAUGUCAGGUUAUGAGGACAUUCCUCUGAGCUGUGUUCUUCCUCCCUCUAAUGACCAACCUCUUCCUCUUCCUCCAGGUUGUACCUUGUUGUUCUAUGAGACCUAUGGUAAGGGUUCUCCAGAGCAGGAGCUGUCUCCGCGCUACGCCCUGUUUGCAGAGGACAGUAUCGUCCAGGCCAUUCCUGAACACCCCAAGAAGGAGAACGUCUUCUGUCUCAGCAACACCUACGGAGAUGUCUACCUCUUCCAGGUGAGGUCUACCUCUUCAAACUCACUGUUCAAACAAGAAAAUGUAGAUGUCCACAGUAUUUAUCCCCAAGUGGAUGGAUAUGCAGUAGAUACUGUGUUUUAGUGUGGCGUUAGCUUGGCGUUAGCUUCAUGAGCACAUCAUGGUGUUGUUGCUCUGAUUUCCCCCAUCACUCUGCUCUGCUUGUUGACAUGCUGAGUGUUCCAGCCAAUUCAACACACAAAUGAGGAGUAGAAGCUGUUACUUAGUGGGGAAUGUUUUGUGUCGGUUGAAAGGAAAGCAUGUUCCGUGCUUCUGUGGCAGCCUGGUUUGAUAGUCUCUUCCUGCUUGGGCAGCCAAGCAGAGUGGUGUAGUCUGCUGCUAGAUUACACUGACUGUGUCAGCUGAACAAUAGGGAACUCAUGGGCGGCGCACAAUUGGCCCAGCGUCGUCCAGGGUAGGGGAGGGAAUGGCCGGCAGGGAUGUAGCUCAGUUGAUAGAGCAUGGCGUUUGCAACGCAAGGGUUGUGGGUUCGAUUCCCACGGGGGGCCAGUAUAAAAAAAUAUGUAUUCACUAACUGUAAGUCACUCUGGAUAAGAGCGUCUGCUAAUGACUAAAAUGUAAAUGUAAAAAUGGAACCAACGCAUUGUUCAGCAUAUUCACACUGUAUAGGAGUGGAUGGAGAUGUUUUACAAAUGUAGUCACACACACACAAUCCCACACACUUGUGUAUUUUUAGACUGUAUAAUCUAGCAGAUCAACUUAAUGAUUCUAGCUCGUAAAUGAUUAUAAGGAGAAUAAUUUAACUCUCCAUCUUGAGGUUUUCUGUUUGUGUGCACAUUUUGUUUAUCGCUGACCUUAUUUCCAGUGUUGGAUGACUUAAAGCCUUGACUUGGCCUCAGUAGUUUUCUCCUCUCACAUUUACAAGCUUUUCUGAGUGUAUUGCAUGAAAUCCCAGUUGUGGUGUUCGGUGUAAAUCUAAUAAAAUGGUAAAGUGGAUUUAACAUCACUUGAAACUCUAAAGAGGUCAGGAAACCAUUAAGUCUAUAAAAUGAAGCAUCAUAGAAGCCUGUGUUCUCCCUCAUGUGUCCUACAUGAAUCACUUCUCCCUCAUAUUCCUAUCACAUUUCAUCCCAUGUCCUCUGAUAAUGUAAUCGUUUUUGUCAAGCUAUAUGAUCCUUUCAAGAUUGACUGUAUUGACUGUGAAAUUACGUAAUAGCGUAUAGAUGGGAAAAAUGGGAAAAUCUGGCAUGAAGAUGAUAAUAUGCCAUGAGGAAGAUAGGAACACAAUAUGGGUGCAAAGUGCUCUGCUCUUAUAACUGUCAAUCAUCCAGAUAUAGAGGCCAACCCGGAAGCAUGUCAUUCAUAACAUCACUAUCAUCGCUGCGUCUUGCAGUGCUUAUACCAUCACAUAAACCAUUCAGGACUAAUUAUCUUUCAGUAAUAAUCUAGUCUUACCAUUUAUGGUCUUACCUCAAACCUCCAUCAUCUAAUAUCCUACCUUCAACUCUGUCUGUUCAGGCCAGCAACCAGACAGACCUGGAGAACUGGGUGACAGCCAUCCACUCUGCCAGUGCCUCUCUGUUCGCUAAGCGUCAUGGGAAGGAGGAUACGGUGCGUCUACUUAGGAGCCAGAUCAGAGGCCUGCUGCAGAAGAUAGACAUGGACAGCAAGAUGAAGAAGAUGGCUGAGCUGCAGCUGUCCAUCGUCAGCGACCCCAAGAACAGGAAGGCCAUCGAGAAUCAGGUGAGGAUGAGGUAGAUGAUGAUCAGAGGUUGUUAUGUUGAUAGUGGUGUGGUCUCACAGUGAAGCAUUGGUUAGUGUCCCGGACAGAAAAACAUUUUAUGAUCUGUUCUAUGGUCUGUUCUUUUCAGUGUGUUUGUUAGGAAUCUAGCAGCCCUAAAAAUAUGACAUGUGAAUCAACCCAUGCGACUUAAACCCCAUGUCUUAUUUUCGGAAGCGGGAGAAGUGGCCUAAAUGUAGCUAGUGGCUGUCCAAACACAUACUCGGAGGAGAGGAGAGGAGAGGCAGGCUGCAGGCUGAUGCUUCCCAUUUCAUCAGAUUGGGAUUCCAGAUGCUGUUCUGUAUAAUGGCCUCUCAACAUUAGCCCCUCUAACACCCUGCCUGAGGAGAAAGACAGACCCAAUCACUGAUUCUCCCCACAGCUAAAACUGUCCUGUACAUAUAAUGUAGUGAGCCAUGGAGAUGGCUAAAGACUCAACACCAACGUUAGCUUGUCCACCCCUCAUUUCAGACCCUUCUUCAGUCUCAACUACUUAAGAGUAGAUAUCAGAUUUAUAGUGCAGUAAUUCAUCCUUCGGAGGUGGGUCUGGUUGCUUCAAAGCAUUUAAACUCUGAAUUAGAAGAUAGAGAUUUUGGACUUGCAACAUUUUGGGGGGUGUUUGUGAUGGUUGGAUGAUUGUGUUUGGAGGGCUGUUAGUGCAAAGACAUCUACCUCGACUGCAAGACAUGAAAGCUAUCACGGCACCUCGGGACAGAGAGGUCUGGAGCCAAUGAUAGGGUCAGAGGGGAGAGGGUGGGGUUAGGCCCUGAGACAGGCGCCCACGGCUGAUUAUGGAUUUAGGGUGGGGGGUGAGUGGGGCUACGAGAGGACACUUUGAUGUCUAUCCUCCCCCCUUCUCAAAAUCAGUGCCAGUAGACCUUUUUGAAGUCUCUCUAUUCCCCCUCCAUAGUGAAGUCAUAAUCAGGUUGGCAUUUACAAUCAUUAAGAGAGAGAGGGGGAAAGUCAAAGGAUGCUGUAUCUCUUAGAAAAAGGCCCAUUCCUGCCUCUUAAUUGGACUGAAAUGGGAGUAAAUAAGAUUGCUGUAAGGCCAGAUUGGUACAAUAUGUCUUCACUGCAAGGAUGGUGGCUCUCUGCCUUAGUGCAGAUUUGCCAGCGGUAAAGAGAACGACACACACACAAACAUCCAUGCCAGCCUCUUUCUGAUUCUCAAUCCGAUAACGGCCAUGCUUCUUUGAUAUGAUGAUGGAUUAACAUUGCCUGGCAGAAUGUAAAUAAGAUGUAAUCAAUCAGACAUGGGUUUGAGUGUGGCACUUCCAUUUGUGGCUAUGCAGUGUACCAAUAUUAAACUGUAUCAACUAUCAAACCAUAACCUGCCGGUCUUUGCUCUGAGGGAAGAGGAGUCCAUCUAAUUCAAAUGUAAUUGUAUUGGUCGCGUAGACAUAUUUUGCAGAAGUUAUUGCAGGUGCAGCGAAAUGCUUAUGUUUCUAGCUCCAACAGUGCAUUAAUACCUAACAACACUAAACAAUACACACAAAUACAAAAAAGAAAAAUACAAUCAUUCAGAAAUAGCAAUGUCAUAGUCCGGAAUAUAAAUAUAUAUGUGUAUGGUGGUGUGUAUGGACAGUAUAUGAAUAGAACAUGUGUGUACAGCAUUAGUUAUAUGGGAUGAGACAUGACUAGAAUACAGUAUACAGUGAGGGAAAAAAGUAUUUGAACCCCCUGCUGAUUUUGUACGUUUGCCCACUGACGAAGAAAUUAUCAGUCUAUAAUUUUAAUGGUAGGUUUAUUUGAACAGUGAGAGACAGAAUAACAACAAAAAAAUCCAGAAAAACGCAUGUCAAAAAUGUUAUAAAUUGAUUUGCAUUUUAAUGAGGGAAAUAAGUAUUUGACCCCCUCUCAAUCAGAAAGAUUUCUGGCUCCCAGGUGUCUUUUAUACAGGUAACGAGCUGAGAUUAGGAGCACACUCUUAAAGGGAGUGCUCCUAAUCUCAGCUUGUUACCUGUAUAAAAGACACCUGUCCACAGAAGCAAUCAAUCAAUCAGAUUCCAAACUCUCCACCAUGGCCAAGACCAAAGAGCUCUCCAAGGAUGUCAGGGACAAGAUUGUAUACCUACACAAGGCUGGAAUGGGCUACAAGACCAUCGCCAAGCAGCUUGGUGAGAAGGUGACAACAGUUGGUGCGAUUAUUCGCAAAUGGAAGAAACACAAAAUAACUGUCAAUCUCCCUCGGCCUGGGGCUCCAUGCAAGAUCUCACCUCGUGGAGUUGCAAUGAUCAUGAGAAUGGUGAGGAAUCAGCCCAGAACUACAUGGGAGGAUCUUGUCAAUGAUCUCAAGGCAGCUGGGACCAUAGUCACCAAGAAAACAAUUGGUAAUACACUACGCCGUGAAGGACUGAAAUCCUGCAGCGCCCGCAAGGUCCCCCUGCUCAAGAAAGCACAUAUACAAGGCCGUCUGAAGUUUUCCAAUGAACAUCUGAAUGAUUCAGAGGAGAACUGGGUCAGUGUUGUGGUCAGAUGAGACCAAAAUGGAGCUCUUUGGCAUCAACUCAACUCGCCGUGUUUGGAAGAGGAGGAAUGCUGCCUAUGACCCCAAGAACACCAUCUCCACCAUCAAACAUGUAGGUGGAAACAUUAUGCUUUGGGGGUGUUUUUCUGCUAAGGGGACAGGACAACUUCACCGCAUCAAAGGGACGAUGGACGGGGCCAUGUACCGUCAAAUCUUGGGUGAGAACCUCCUUCCCUCAGCCAGGGCAUUGAAAAUGGGUCGUGGAUGGGUAUUCCAGCAUGACAAUGACCCAAAACACACGGCCAAGGCAACAAAGGAGUGGCUCAAGAAGUAGCACAUUAAGGUCCUGGAGUGGCCUAGCCAGUCUCCAGACCUUAAUCCCAUAGAAAAUCUGUGGAGGGAGCUGAAGGUUCGAGUUGCCAAACAUCAGGCUCGAAACGUUAAUGACUUGGAGAAGAUCUGCAAAGAGGAGUGGGACAAAAUCCCUCCUGAGAUGUGUGCAAACCUGGUGGCCAACUACAAGAAACAUCUGACCUCUGUGAUUGCUAACAAGGGUUUUGCCACCAAGUACUAAGUCAUGUUUUACAGAGGGGUCAAAUACUUAUUUCCCUAAUUAAAAUGCAAAUCAAUUUAUAACAUUUUUGACAGGUGUUUUUCUUGAUUUUUUUGUUGUUAUUCUGUCUCUCACUGUUCAAAUAAACCUACCAUUAAAAUUAUAGACUGAUCAUUUCUUUGUCAGUGGGCAAACGUACAAAAUCAGCAGGGGAUCAAAUACUUUUCCCCCUCACUGUACAUAUAAAGUGGGUAAAACAGUAUGUAAACAUUAUUAAAGUGACCAGUGUUCAAUGUCUAUGUACAUAGGGCAGCAGUCUCUAAGGUGCAGGUUUGAGUACCGGGUGGUACCUGGCUAGUAACAGUGACUAAGUUCAGGGCAGGGUACUGGGCGGAGGCUGGCUAGUGAUGACUGUUUAACAGUCUGAUGGCCUUGAGAUAGAAGCUGUUUUUCAGUCUCUCGGUCCCAGCUUUGAUGCACCUGUACCGUCUCCGCCUUCUAGAUGGUAGCGGGUGAACAGGCUGUGUCUCGGGUGACUGAGGUCCUUGAUGAUCUUCUUGGCCUUCCUGUGAAACCGGGUGCUGUAGUUGUAAUUUACAAUGUAAUGCCUGCUCUCCAUUUAAAAUGAUCCUCUCCUGUCCCCCAGAAUACCCCAUUGUAAUGACUUUAUAGAAGCAGUAGAGAUACAGGGUUAUCUCAGCGGAUUGACCAAGCAUGACACUUAGGACAACACAGCCCUGCCCAGACACUAACCCUUGGAUGACACUACACUACUGGUCAAAAGUUUUAGAACACCUACUCAUUCAAGGGUUUUUCUUAAUUUUUUACUAUUUUCUACAUUGUAGAAUAAUAGUGAAGACAUCAAAACUAUGAAAUAACACAUAUGGAAUCAUGUAGUAACCAAAAAAGUGUUAAACAAAUGCUGUGGUAACCAUGCUGGUUAAGUGUGCCUUGAAUUCUAAAUAAAUCACAGACAGUGUUACCAGCAAAGCACCCCCACACCAUAACACCUCCUCCUCCAUGCUUUACGGUGGGAAAUACACAUGCAGAGAUCAUCCGUUCACCCACACCGCGUCUCACAAAGACACGGCGGUUUGAACCAAACGUCUCCAUUUUGGACUCCAGACCAAAGGACAAAUUUCCACCGGUCUAAUGUCCAUUGUUCGUGUUUCUUGGCCCAAGCAAGUCUCUUCUUCUUAUUGGUGUCCUUUAGUAGUGGUUUCUUUGCAGCAAUUCGACUAUCAAGGCCUGAUUCACACAGUCUCCUCUGAACAGUUGAUGAUGAGAUGUGUCUGUUACUUGAACUCUGUGAAGCAUUUAUUUGGGCUGCAAUUUCUGAGGCUGGUAACUCUAAUGAACUUAUCCUCUGCAGCAGAGGUAUCUCUGGGUCCCCUAUCCAACUCAUUCCCAACCAUGAAGGAUUCUAUUAGUCUGAAUCAGUGUUAAUGGGAGGACCGGAUUCCGUACUGGUCUGUCUUGUAAAUGAACUCUCUGCACACUAGCACUAUAAAAGUCAAUUGUAUAGAGAGUCGUUUAACUCCACAGGUAUCUCAUUAAAGUGAACCCCCCAAGCUAACAAAAUAAGCACCAUCUCAUACUUUACAGUACAUAGUGCAAAAAGGGUCUCGAAGCAUGUGAGUGUGUUGUGUGUGUAUUUAGGGGGAGGGUUAUAGGGUGGUCUGGUGCUCAUCAACCCCCUCCCAUUACUUUUAUUGCAGAGAAUAAGAUACACUGCAUUAAACAUACACACACACACACACACACACACACACAUUUUACAUUUACAUUUUAGUCAUUUAGCAGACGCUCUUAUCCAGAGCGACUUACAGUUAGUGAAGACAUAUAUUUUUUUUUAUACUGGCCCCCCGUGGGAAACGAACCCACAACCCUGGCAUUGCAAACGCCAUGCUCUAUCAACUGAGCUACAUCCCUGCCGGCCAUUCCCUCCCCUACCCUGGACGACGCUGGGCCAAUUGUGCGCCGCCCAUGAGUCUCCCGGUCGCGGCCGGCUGCGACAGAGCCUGGAUUCGAACCAGGAUCUCUAGUGGCACAGUUAACACUGCGAUGCAGUGCCUUAGACCACUGCGCCACUACAACCCUCCUUCACUAUCAUCAACCUUACUGCCCUCAACCAGCUCCACCCACCCACCCACCCACUCCCACCACCACCACAUCUGUAAACAAUCCCAGCUUGAUGGAAUGCACACUUAAUGUUCUCUCUGACCUCCCUCCCUUCAUUUCUCCCCUCUCUCCCCUCCCCAUUUCUCCAACCCUCCCUCCUACCUACAGAUCCAGCAGUGGGAGCAGAACCUGGAGAAGUUUAACAUGGACCUGUUCAGGAUGCGCUGUUACCUGGCCAGCCUGCAGGGCGGCGAGCUGCCUAACCCCAAGAGCCUGUUGGCUGCAGCCAGCCGGCCCUCCAAGACCGCCCUGGGACGCCUGAGUAUCUUCUCUGUGUCCUCCUUCCAUGCACUGGUCAGUCUCUGGUUGAGAUGGAGGGUGUCUUAAUAGACUGAAGUUUAAGCAGGUUGAUUGAUGUGUGACUGCAGAGUUUAAUCCUAGCCCUGACGGUGUGUUAUGUCGUCAGAUCUGUUCCAGGGAUGAGGCCACACUGAGGAGGCGCUCCAUGUCCCUGAGCCAGAGAUCACGCAACAAGAAAGGCCUCUUCUCCUCCCUCAAAGGCCUGGACAAUCUCACCAAAAGGGGCCGUGACAAGAGACCAUCCGCAGGACAGGUAUGGUACCUGGACAUACUGCACACACACAGGACACACACACUAAAUGCCCACACAGAGAACAUACACACACACACACACACCUAUGCCUACAAGGAAAAUGAAGCAAGACUUUUUCAUAUUUCUAAGAGAAAGUUGAAAUGUGGCCUUGGUGUGCAUUUUUACCCCAUAAACAAGAUUGUGUUUAUUAAAAGGUAAUAAGCUCAUAUUUUAUUUGUGGUAAUUACACUUCCACACAGGCUCAUUAUCUAUUGAUGUUUUCAGCCCCCAGCCCCUAUACUCUGAAGGUACUGCCCAGCAGAGUCUUCUAAGGCAGGGAAAAGACCUGGUUCCCACUUCCCAGGAUCUAGCCUAUUAUGAAAAUCAAUGAAUUUGGAUAAUGGUGUAGUUACUACACUGAAGUACACUAGAUUAAGAUGAUGUCAGUGCUUACUUCAGUGCGUACAUGUCAAAUGCCACAACAUCACUACAAUAUUUUCUCUGAAAUAGUUUGACAGUCUUCUGCUUUGUGUUGCGUCUGAGCUGGAGGCUUCACUUUGAGGAUUCAUAAAUGUUUCCACGGCCAUGUCUCUUACUGGCUCUGACUGAUGGACUGACUGGUGUAUCUUUGAUUGUAGGGAGCAUUAAGCACCCAGCUAUAAUGUAGACACUGCUAACUGCCAGCUUCUGAUUCUCCGUAGUCCUCUUCAAAAGAGGUGGCCAGGUGUCCUUAAUGCAGACUAAACGAGGUCUUCCCUGCUCCUCCCAGUACUCUCCUCACCCCUCCACUUCCGCGGGGCUACUAUAUGUGUGUGUGAUGAUGUUUGUGGUGUGUUUGGGAGCUCCAGCAGGCUAGCUAAUGAGACCCAGUUUGGUUUCACAGCGCAGAAGGCCGAGGUGGCUCACAGCGCAUGA